AUGAAUACCUACAAUGCGAGUUGGUGGACGAGUCUGGUUUGGCGCGGCUAUGCGCUGAGUGAGGACAGGGAUAUGUUUUGCGAGUCACUUCCGUCUAAGAUCAACUCUUUCGGUGUGUGGGAGAAGAUACUUCACAGAUCAGUAGGGUUAGGUUUUUGGGAAUACCCUCUUCCUAAUCUAGAGCUUAUGAUCUUCUCAGUCUUCCUCUUGUGGCAAUUCUUUGAGAUCUUGUUCAAAAUGUCCAACAUUCCCAUUCCCAAAAUCCCCUCCAUGAUGCUUGGCGGUGUGGCCAUCAACCUAUUUUCUUACACCAGUCCAGGCUCUUUGCUUCAUCAGAUGUUUUUACCAGACGACGGGAGGCCAAAGCUAGCAGAGACCGCAGGUGCAUUUGGGUUUGUCAUGUACUGGUUCCUUAAAGGCGUGACUAUAGACGUUGGGAUUCUUAAAAAAACCGAACCAAGGGCUGCUUUGAUCGGUUUUACGUCAGUGGUCAUACCUCUCCUAUCCGGUUACAUUCUCAUGAGGACUAGGUUACAUUUUGGGGAGUUAGCCAUGCCAGAAUAUCAGUACGAAACUAUCACGGCCUUGCAGUGUGUGUCAACAUUUGCAGGUGUGAAUGGACUCUUAAAAGAUCUCAAGAUCAACCAUUCCGAGUUUGGACGAAUCGUGCAGUCUUGUGCAGCGGUCUCCGACUUAGUAAUCUUUAUAAUAACCUCCGUGAACAUGUUGUUUAAAGGACAACAAGGUUUGAAGCAUGUUAUCGCUAAAAUAUUCAUCGUCGUGGUCUUGUUCUAUAUCGUAUGGCCAGUUAUGUUAUGGAUUAUCAAACAAACACCAGAAGGCAGGCCGGUUAAAGAUGUCUACAUCUAUGCGGUUAUGGCUAUCGCCUAUUUGGUGUACUUGUUUUGGCUUAAAUUCUUUUAUUUUUCACCAUACGGCUGGUUUAUUAUCGGUUUGGCCACCCCGGCUGGUCCUCCACUUGGAUCUGCUCUCAUUCAGAGAUUUGAAUGUUUGAACGUUGGUGUUUUCUUGCCGCUUUUCGCAUCUCUAACCAUGGGACAACUCGAUAUAUCGUGGUUAAUGCGAGAGCUAUCGCAGCUAAAAAACAUGGAGGGGCUUGCUUAUGAAGCCAUCUCCUUGAUCUUGAUAGUUACUGUGGUUAAGUACUUUGUCACAGCAUUAAUAGCUUUUGCUAUGAAAAUUCCUUACCGAGAUUCCAUUGUCUUGGCUUUGGUUAUGUCACACAGAAGCAUCUUCGAGCUCGGCUACCUAGGCUACAUUGUUGAAUUCAAAAUGUUUGACAACAAGAGCUUCACAGUCGCAGCUGCAUCAGUACUUGUCAGCUCUCUAUCAAUACCGAUCGCGAUCGAUUUCAUGUACCAACCACAUCAGACCUUUAGUUGCUACCGAGAUAGGAACUUGCUAACCUUGAAAAACGACUCUAAGCUAAAGACCCUUGUAUGCAUUCACAAGCCUGACCACAUAACCUCCAUGAUCAACUUUGUUGAAGUCUUUCACCCAACACAAGACUCACAACUCGAAUGCAACGUUCUUCACCUAGUGGAGCUAAUGGGUCAAGCCAGUCCUACUUUCAUUUCCCACCAGUUACAAAAGCCGAUGGUCGGAACAAAAUCUUGCUCAAGAAAUGUCAUAGCCGCGUUCAUACAACUCCAUAGACUCUUCACUGAAGAAGUAAUGUCCAUUGACAUCUUUACUUCUGCGAGCUUGGUUGAUCACAUGCACGAGGAUCUUUGUUCGCUUGUCCUAGACAAAAGUUUAGCUCUUGUUGUUCUUCCUUUUCACCGUUCUUGGUCUGUUGACCGAUCAACCGUCCUCACUGACGACAAGGCCGUGCAGAAUCUCAACCGCCAAGUCUUGAAAAGAGCGGCAUGCUCUGUCGGAAUCUUUGUCUACCGUAAACCUCUAUGGGAAUCUCAAAUGGCCGGAUCUUGUUACAAGGUUUGUGCAAUAUUUGUGGGAGGGAAAGACGAUAGAGAAGCCUUAGCAUUCACUAACCGUAUGAGAAGAAACAAGAGGACAAGCGUAACCAUUUUACGCUUCAUUCCUCAACUCAAAACCGGGGAAAACGAGGAGUUGGUGCAGAAGUUCGAUAUGGAGGACAUAAAAGAGAUCAUGAAGAACGAGGAGGAUUCAGAGGACACUGAUCCCGUGACAUGUAUUGACAAAAGUGUCAAAGAAGGUGCUGAGACUUCGACGAUACUAAGAUCAAUAGCAUACGAUUUCGAUAUGUUUAUUGUUGGAAGAAGUAGCGGAAUGAAUAGCGUGGUUACAGAAGGAUUGAAUGAAUGGACAGAGUUUGAUGAGCUUGGAGCCAUUGGAGAUGUUAUAGCAUCAAAGGAGUUUCCUUCAAGAGCAUCCGUCUUGGUCUUGCAACAACAACAAUAUUAG